GGAGUGCGAGAAGAGAGAGAGGAGAGAGAGAAUGAGGGGGACCAGAUUGAAAACAUAUCAGCCUGGCGUCUCAAAAGCACAUUUCUGACGAAGAACGAACCACCCUCAAACCUUUCAGACCUCUUUAGGCUACAAAGUUCGAUAUCCUGCCAUGUUUUGUUAGUAAGGGAGGAUCGAUUUCAAGAACUUGUUUCGUUAUUCUCGGUGAUGGAUUGUAAAAGUUGAGACGACGCACAUAAACUCUACGGUGAACUUUAUGAGAAGUUGGGAAGUGGAAUGUAGUUAGUCUUGAUCGUGUUUAGGCUACUAGAAUAUACUUUAUGGAUUUCAUCCUUGCAUUGGAAGGAGUUUGUUACUUCUUGCUUUUUGAAGGAGAAAGUUAGACCUAACGGUAAUCUUCGAUAGCGUUGCUGAAACUUGUACAGAACUGGUGGACAAACAGAACGGAGGGAGACGCACCGGGUCAGACUCGGACCAUACCGACCACAGGCAUCACCACUGAGAGCUUCUGAUGUCCGGAAUGGAGACCUCUGCCCCGACGACCACAGAGAAGAAAGGCUCUGGUCUGGAUGGAAACGGCUUCACUGACCUCCCGAAGAAACUCUCACCUUCAGCUGUCACCAGAGCCCCUCACCACGUCUUCCCGACGUUCCACACGCCCAUCCCGAUUGACAUGCGUCACCAUGAGGGAAGAUACCUCUAUGAACCACACACCCUACAUGCCAUGCAUGGUCCUGGACUAGGUGGCAGCCCGGUCAUGUCAGACAUCUCUCUGAUCCGUCUGUCCCCCCACGCAGCCGGAACGGGGGAGUCCCCCUUCAGCCCCGCUCACCCCUACUUCAACCCUCACAUGGAGCACUACCUCCGCUCCAUUCACAGCAGUCCAACCCUGUCUAUGAUCUCUGCGGCCCGCGGACUCAGCCCUGCAGACUUGGCGCAUGAACACUUGAAAGAGCGGGGUCUGUUUGGGUUGCCCCCUCCCCCUCCUGGAGCCAGCCCUGCUGAGUACUACCACCUGAUGGCCAGCCAUCGUAACCCCUACGGAGAGCUGCUGAUGCAGGGGGGUGGGGCGGCAGCUGCACACCUGCCAGACUACAUCACCCCCAUGGAUGUGUCACGGUUCUCCAGUCCCAGACUGACCCCCAGGCUGAACAGAAAGCGAGCCCUGUCAAUCUCUCCUCUCUCGGAUGCCAGCAUCGACCUGCAGACCAUGAUCCGUACCUCACCCAACUCUCUGGUGGCUUACAUCAACAACUCACGCUCCAGCUCUGCAGCCAGCAGCUCCUACGGACACCUCUCUGUUGGAGGCAUCAGUCCGUCCUUUACAUUCCCCCACCACAUCAACCCCAUGGCCUACCAGCAGCUCCUGUCCCAGCAGAGAGGCCUGAGUGUGUUCGGCCACACCCCUCCUCUCAUCCAGCCCCCACCCACCUUCUCCAGUCGCCAGUCUGCCCUGGGUCUCUCCUCUCUGCCUCCCGCCUCACACAACCACAACAAUGGCUCACAGUCAAAGAACACAAGUGGGGACUCGGCAGUGAGCAGUACAGUCAAUCCCAUGAUCACCAAGAGGUCAAAGGUGAAGACAGAGGUGGAGUGUCCGAGGCCACUGUCCCCAUGUUCUCCGGAUCAUCUAGGUGGGAUGCUGGACAUGAAGGAGGACUUGGAUAAAGAUGAAUGCAAGCAUGAGCCAGAGAUGGUGUAUGAGACCAACUGCCACUGGGAAGGAUGCUCCAAGGAGUACGACACGCAGGAACAACUGGUCCAUCACAUCAACAACGACCACAUCCACGGGGAGAAGAAGGAGUUUGUGUGCCGCUGGGAUGAGUGUUCCAGGGAGCAGAAGCCUUUUAAGGCCCAGUACAUGCUGGUGGUUCACAUGAGGAGACACACGGGGGAGAAGCCACACAAGUGUACCUUUGAGGGCUGCUGUAAGGCCUAUUCUCGCCUGGAGAAUCUGAAGACCCACCUGCGAUCUCACACCGGGGAAAAACCAUAUGUGUGUGACCACGAGGGGUGCAACAAAGCCUUCUCUAACGCCUCGGACAGAGCCAAGCACCAGAACCGCACACACUCCAACGAGAAACCCUACGUGUGUAAAGUCCCCGGGUGUACGAAGCGCUACACGGACCCCAGCUCUCUCAGGAAGCACGUGAAGACAGUCCAUGGACCAGAAGCCCACAUCACCAAGAAACAGCGCAGCGACCUGCCGCCCAGCAGACCCAUGCCACCCAAAGAGAAUGGAGAGAACGAGACAGGCCGGGGCAUGGAGGAGAAGAUGGACAGCACCUCGAGAGGCACGGAGGACUACCUCCAGGCCACAUCUAUCAAGACGGAGAACUCUGUGAUGUAUCAGUCCAGCCCUGGUGGUCAGUCGUCAUGUAGCAGCGAGCCGUCGCCACUUGGCAGUUCCACCAACCAUGACAGUGGAGUAGAGAUGGCCCUCCACAGCAGCGGGGGAAGCAUGGGGGACCUGACUGGGCUGGACGACCCCUCAGGGCCCCUCAUGGACUCCUCCUUCUCUGGCCUCUGGUCUGGGACAGCAGGGGUCGGGGUGGGCCUCCACCUCCGUCAACACCUAGGCCUCAGCCACAUCCACAGACUAGAACACCUGAAGAAGGAGAAACUGAAGACGGUGUGGGACUCCUGCCAGUGGGCUAAUCAUCAUCCAUCUCCUCCAGUCCAGAACACCAAGCUACCGCCCAUACCAGUAAGCGGGUCCCUUCUGGAGAGAGGAAAUAUGGAUGGUGAGCCUGGAUCGUUCCUCAGCCUCAGUGAGCUGUGUUCCAGUAAGGUGACUGUCCUGAACCAACUGGACCAUCUGAUGGAGCGCAGGGACAGCGCCACCAGCACAGUCUCCUCUGCCUACAUCAGCCGGCGCUCCUCUGGCAUCUCCCCCUGCCACUACAGCCGCCGCUCCAGCGACGCCUCCACGUUCAGUGGCCACCGCCACCACAACAUCAGCUCCACCGGCUCCUACGACCCCAUCUCUGCAGACCUGUCCCGGAGGUCCAGCAACGCCAGCCAGAGUGGAGGAGGGGGAGGGCUGCCCAGUCACCUCAGCCUCACCCCCGCCCAGCACUACCACCUCAAGGCUAAAUAUGCGGCGGCUACAGGCGGAGCCCCACCCACACCUCUACCCAACAUGGAGAGGAUGAGUCUCAAGACCUGCAUGGCCCUCUACAGGGACGCUUCCCAGGGAGACUCGUCGUCUGGUUACUCCUCCUUCAACCCCAUUGCCCCCAGUGGUGUUCCCAGGCGCUGCAGCGGCGAUAUGGGAGGCUAUAACGGCCGCAGCAUGAUGCCCCACGAAGCUCCGUCCAACAUUCCCCGUCGGGCUAGCGACCCCGUCCCCCGGGGACCGCCACCCCUGGACCCGCUGUCCCAUCAGCCUCAGGUGCAGCGCUACAACAGCACGGGCAACAUGCAGAAUCUCCACCCACACGCCUCCCAGCCCAACCAGGCCCCGUCUGCAGCUGAGCGGCGCCACCUGGCGCCCCAGAGCCACCAGCCGCGCUCCGACGGCAGUCUGCAGCGAUACCCUUACUGCCCCCGGCCGCCCAGCAUCUCUGAGAACGUGGCCAUGGAGACCAUGGCUGGCGACAUGAGCAGUAGUCGCAACAACAGUGAGGAGGAGAUGAUGGUACUUCCUGAUGACGUCGUUCACUACAUCGCCCCUCAGGGCGGAGCUGGAGAGUCAGACUGUGCCAACGGGUACAACCGACAAGCACAAUGUGGUUUCCAUGGAAACACCUUAAACCCUAACCCCCAGCAGCAACAGCAGUUUUACCACCAGCAAAGGAUGGCUGUGGUGGACACCAAUAUGAAUAUGAAUCCCUCGUCUGCACCACAAACCAUGCCCCUCUUCUGUGCCCUAAGCUCAGGCCAUCCGCAGCAGUCUUUCCCCUCCUUACCCAGUAAGACGAGCACCAUGCCGGUGCAGUGGAACGAGGUCAGCUCAGGUACUGUGGAAGCUCUUCACAACCCAAGUCAACAGCUGCCGUUCGGUCGAAGCAACCCAAACCUCGCCAUGGUCCAACAGAAACAGAACUUUGUCUCGUUCCAGAAUCAGAAUCUUAACUCCAACCAACACAUUGCACAGAUGAUCCACAACCUGGCUCACGCAGCCCAGCAGGGGAGAUACAUAGAGCAGCAGAAGGCGGACUCGAGGCUGAGCUGUGUCCAGCAACAGACCCUACAGCAACAGCAGCCCGCUCAUGCUAACCUCAAUGAACCAGUGAGUCUCGGGCAUGGGUUUAACCAGGGUCUUGGUCCUAGCGAUGCUACCGCUAACGCUAACCAGCGGUCCUCCUGUAGUAGUAUGGCAGUUGGUGGCACUCUGGGUAUGUUGAGCCAAAACAGUAAACAACAACAGACGGUGCACACUGUAGACACGCAGAACAGCCGGCUGGGGGCGCAGCCAGGGGGGAGUCAAUCGUCUCAAGUCACAUUUAAGGAUAGCGGUGUGAAUUCUUUGCGGAUGAUCUCACAGAAGUAUAAUAUAGCGUCCCAGGUUCAGCAUCCCAUCCAAAAUGGAGGUCAAAUACUCCUCCAGCCAAGGCCGCCCACAGAACCUAAGUCUCGAAGCAGACAGCAUUCAGGGUCAAUGACAAUGCAGCGACAAAACUCAAUUGGCAAUCACUGCAGCAAUGGCAACAACAAGGACAGCAAUGUUAUGUUCUACACAGGACAGAUACACGUGUUUGAGCCAAACGGAAACGUCAACAUGCAGAUGAUGGCAUCAUCAGUAGUGGAUGUUCUUCAAUGUCCCUCAGACAGCACUGAGACCGCCAUGACCUCACCGGGAGUAAGCAACCAGGUCUCCAGUACAAUGGACUCGUCCAACGGGACAGGGGCAGAGGAGCCCCAGAUUGACUUUGACACCAUGCUGGAUGACGGGGAUCACUCCAGCCUGAUGUCAGGUACCAUCAGCCCCAGUAUCCUCCAGAGUCUGUCCCAGACCUCCUCCAGACUCACCACCCCCCGGAACUCUGUCACCCUGCCCCUCCCUGCAGGGGGAAGCAACAUGGCCAUUGGCGAUAUGAGCUCCCUGCUCACCGCGCUUGCAGAAGAGAACAAGUUCCUCAACAUGAUGUCAUAAGGACGAUCCCAAAUACACUGAAGGCAGACACAGGUAAAACCAGGGUACCUACCUUGGUGUAUUUGGCCCAGGACGUGUGUUAAAAGAAAUGACCUAUUGUGACCCAAGCUCUAUGAACGAUAGUAUUUCUACCACCAAGAGUUUAAACUGACUGUGUGAAUGACAAGGGGGUGACCUACUAGUUAACAUUGUUGCAGAGGUCCUCCUGACCAUGUGAUUGAACACUAAGCACCUCAUUGGAGAACUUUGAUGACCACCAGAGACUAAGGAACCUAUGAGAUUCUGAAGACUUCAUGCUAAAACACCACUAUGUUUGUGCUACUUAUUGUAUUAUUCUGUACAGCAUCAUUAUGAAGCUAAUAUGGCGAUUUCAUAUCUAUUGAGAAGCCAUAUUUUGCCUUAGAUGAGUAAGUAAGUAUAAUGUAAUCCACAGCACAAUUCUGUUGUACAUGAGAUAGUGUGCAGUUCUGCAGUAAAACAAGUUUACCAAGUGCCUGGCUAUGCCGCAGAAUAUACAAGACGAGCAUAUGACACAGUUCACAUUGAAACGCAACCAAGUCCUUCUGUAUGAUACGGAUUUGGGAUUUUUCGAUCUUAAAGACACACGUAUAUAUGUAAAUAGUGUAAAUGACUUGAUCUAAAAUGAUUUGAUUCUUUCUUUCAGAUCUUAUUUGAAACUCAUUAAAAAACAUUCUGUCAGUGAAAUUGCUCAAAAAAAAAAAAAUAUGGGAGAAAAAUGAUUAAAUAAUUCAAUAGAGUCAGAAGAAAUCUUUUUCUAUUCUAUUUAGUCAUGUCAGGUCUAUUUCCAUACAGUGUCUUCGAUAUGAGCCAUUGUCUUAUUUGUCUGUUUGGUUGAGUUGGACUAUUGAGAUGAACAGUGACGUCUCAGUGUCGGGGACAAGUUGUGACUGGAAUUAAGCAACAAUUUCAAAAGAAUAUGCAAAUACUUGAUAUGAUACAUAUUCUGGGGGUGAUUAUUAAUGCUGAUGAUGUGAAUGAAUUAUGUGAUGAAUUAGGAAAAAUCGAAAAGGGAAAAAGGAUCCUCCUUUAAAGUAUCAAAUGACUUUUUCUCCCGUCCUUGAUGAUGACGAGGAUAAUAAGAUAUUAUAGAGUAUUAGGAAUCAAAGUUUUUUUGUAUACUUCCAUGCAACUCUGUUGUGUUGGAUAUGUAUAUAUAUUUUGUACAUUUUUAUGAAAUACAAUAUUGUUUUUUUUGUUUUUUUUACAGAAUUGCUGUCUGGUGAGUUAUUUCAAACUAUGGGUGUUUUUUCUCGUGGAAUAUGACAUGUUUGAAAUGAGGUGGCGUUGUUUUAGCUCUCUCAUAUACAGUACCAGGCCGAUUGAAUUCAAAUUGGCCUGUAAAUUCAUGUUACACUUACCUAGAAAAUUAAAGAAAUCCUCG